UUGUUGUGUUCACAGGUAACUCUCGAGUACUUCUAUUGCAACACUGGAUUUGGCCGAUGAUCUCAACACUAUGGUUACAUAGCUCAUGAAUAAGCGAUCACCUGUGAGCGGAAUUGAGUUCAGCCGCGACUCGAUUCGCCCUCCCCCGCACGAGAGCCAGGCGCGUCAGUGUCUGCUAGCGGAACCUACCGGGUAGAUGCCAGCUGCUGACAGCAUGGUGUGUACGGCGGUGAUUGGGGAGGACGCCGAUAGCUCGUUGUCCGAGGAGAGUUCCAGCGUGUUGGUUGAUGUGGACGUGAAGCGAAAAUAUCGCACCACUACCAGUGUCAGGCGCAGCAUGUCUGCCUCCGGCGCCGCGCCGCCUCUGAAGAGGGCGCCACCACUGCUCAACCUCAUCCUGCUGAACGCGGUCGUGUGCGGGCUCGAGUUUUCGGCGAGCGCCAUCUUCACUUACGUUCCUCCGAUGCUACUCAAGAUGGGCGCCAGCGACAUGUUCAUGACGGCCAUCAUGGGCCUCGGCCCCCUGGUGGGGCUGUUCGCCGUGCCACACAUCGGACGGGCGAGCGACCGCUGCACGCUCGCGUUCGGACGCCGCCGCCCGUUCAUCGUCGGCAUCUCGGCGGGCGUGCUCGUGUCACUGCUGCUCAUCCCCUACGCGGAGUCGAUCGGGGUGCGGGUGGGAGGCGCGCACGCGCACGCCGUCGGACUGCUGCUGCUGUGCAUCGGCGUCGUCGCGCUCGACUUCUGCUCGCAGGCGGCGUUCAACCCGUGUGAGGCGUUGCUGUCGGACAUGUGCACGGGCACGGCGGCGCAGGACACUGCCUUCACGAUCUACGCGUUCAUGUUGAGCGCGGGCGGCUGCGUCGGCUACCUCGUCACCGCGCUCGACUGGCGAGGCAGCCAGCUGGGGGAGCUGCUGGGCACGCAGGAGCGAUCAGCAUUCGCUCUCCUCAUCGCACUCUUUGCGCUGACCCUGCUCGCGACGCUCGCCGUCGCCGACGACCGCCCAUACACCAGGCGGCGCCGCGGGCAGCGCACGGGAGUGGCGACGGAGAGCGAGGAGGAUGCGACGCCGUCGCACGCAGGCGCGGAGUCCGGAUACGAGACAAACAGCAACCAGGGUCGUGUGACGCCGGAUGCGGAGCGCGAUGCGGCGUCGCCGGCCGACCCCCUCCUCCCAGGUGGCGCCACUGCGACCCCGGCGCGGCGGCGCUCCUUCCACCGCAUCAAGCUGUUCCGGCUUGACAGGAUCCGCUCGCAGAUGUGCCGCUCGAUCGCGGGCCGCGUCAUCGCCUCCGCCGCCAGCGCCCUCUAUUCGCCCGUGAGCAACUUUGCGCGCACGCCGACGGUGCUUCGACGUCUCUUCUGCUCGCACGUGCUCACGUGGACCGCCAUCAUGUGCCACAACAUGUUCUACACCGAGUUCGUCGGUCACAUAGUCUACGCCGGCGACCCAAACAUGGCGGCCGGCACGCCGGAGAGAGAGCUCUACGACCAAGGUGAGCGGCGCGCGCUCGUUUAUUUCUGUGAUACGCCCGCAUCGCGAGCGAGCAACAAGAAGCAGCAGCAGCCACGAGGCGUCGGCUCCAACAUGGCUGUGCUAGACUCCGCCUACUUCCUCGCACAGAUCCUGCUGUCAGCAUUCAUGGGCUACGUCGUACACCUGACGGGGACAGCCUUGUCGUACGUUGUAAGCUCCUCUCUGAUUGGAUGCCUCGCCUGCUACAAGGCCACUCAUGUUAUCUUCAAGAAGAGCGACAUGAUUGGUUAGAUUAGCUGGUGGGGGCUCACAGAGACGUGCGUGGGGAAGUGCUUGCGUGCGAAAAACAGUAAAGACUGGCUAGAUGUGAUAGCAUUCAACAUGAUAGUUUUACAUUAGUGUCAUUUUAUAUAAUUUAUUGCGUCUUCUAUGAGGUGAAAUCAUGGGCAACCUUAUAUAUUUGUAGAUAUGGCAGUGAUUUGGCUGGUACUGGUAGGGUCUAUGUCCCCCAGGGUACUGCCAGAACGUACCCUGGUAACUAUCUGAUAUGCCGGACCGUACCUUGC